AUGCUUUCCCCCAAGAUCCUUCUUGCCGUUUGCCUCUCCAUGGGCUUGGUUACCGCCUUACCUACAGUGGGAGGUACCAACGAGCUAGACGGUGACCUUUACAACUACAAGCGCGGUAGUGCCGAGCUCGACGGUGACCUCUACAACUAUAAGAAACGCGAUGGUGCUGAGCUAGACGGCGAUCUCUACAACUACAAGAAGCGUGACGGCGCCGAGCUCGACGGUGACCUCUACAACUAUAAGAAACGCGAUGGUGCCGAGCUAGACGGCGACCUCUACAACUACAAGAAGCGUGACGGCGCCGAGCUCGAUGGCGAUCUCUACAACUACAAACGCGGCAGCGCUGAACUCGACGGGGAUCUUUACAACUACAAGAAGCGCGGUGGUUACAAGCGUGACGGUGCUGAACUGGACGGUGAUCUU